AUGAAAAUCAGAUCAGGCAUUCUGCCUCGCUUGAAGCAGUUGAAGCUUCCAGAGGAGUUCAUCGUGGAUCAGAAUGGUUGUGAUGUCACGCUACGUUUGUUCAUUCAGUGGCAAAGAAUGCACGCCUGGCUGGGGUUGAAGCUUCCAGAGGAGUUCAUGAUGGAAGAUCUUUCUGGUGAGAAUCUUCUCUUUAUCUUUACGGGCCGUGUUUCAACAACAAUCUCGAGGAGGACUGGCACCAGUUUUGGAGGACAACGUAGGAACAGGAACGCAUUCAACAUUCUGCCUUUGUCAAAUGGGCGACGAAUGAUGAGAGGUGGGCAGUGGUGGGAGUCAGCACGUUUCAAAUGGUGGUCUCAUGAUGGUGGUGUAGGAAGAAUCAGCUCGUUGGCUGGUCGACUGACACUCUGCAGUUCGGAUGACAUCUUGUGUGCCGACCAGAUGAUGGUGAAUGAUGAGAGGUGGGCUGUGGUGGGCGUCAGCACAUUUCAGACGGUGGUCUCAUGA